UCACCUUGAGCCACCUCCACGCUGUAUACAAUUUGCUCAAUACCGUUUUGACUAUUUACCGGUACGAAAAUUUUACCGGUACAGUACCGUUAAGGCUGGUACCGGUAUUACUGGUAUUGGUACCGGAACUUGCCCGUGGUUUGUUUACAUAGGAAGGUGGCUCAGUGGCACACACCCGGUGCCACUUUUCCAAAGUUGUCGUGAGGGAUAUUGUGAGAUCUAAUCUUUUUGCAAUGCAAGAAACCACGAAAGGCUUGCAAGGCACUCAAGUGGAUGCACUGUUGAAGGAGAGCAGCGUGGACAGGCGGCUUCGUGUGAAUGGUAUGGGUCUGGCGCUGGUUGGUGUGACAGGAGGGGCAGCUGUUGCUCUCAGUAUCAUUGCAGCACCAUUCGUGACCCCUGCCCUUAGGAAGGUAUGCCUACCUUAUGUCCCUGCCACAAGUCGGCAAGUGAGGAAUGUGGUGACAGGCCUCAAGGGACGCUCUGGUCGACUGGUGGAUCUCGGCAGUGGUGACGGCAGAAUUGUUGUGGCAGCUGCUCGUCACGCUCAGUUGAAGGCAGUUGGGGUGGAGCUGAAUCCAUGGCUUGUGUGGUAUUCACGGUGGGCUGCUUGGCGAGGAGGAGUGGCCAGCUCCACCUCCUUUGUCACCCAAGACUUGUGGCGGCUUGACCUGAGGGACUACCAGAACAUUGUCAUUUUUGGAGUGGAGGAGAUGAUGCCAGAUCUUGAGUCAAAGCUGUCACAAGAAUUAACACAAGACAGUCUAGUCAUUGCCUGUCGUUUUCCACUCCCAUCUUGGAAACCUACUGCCACUAUAGGCCAUGGCUUGGACUCAGUGUGGCUCUAUCAUAGACCACUCAAGGCUACACUUCAAACUGUGGAAGCUCCAGAACUCCUCACAUCAGAGUCCAAUAAGGCAAGAUAGCAUUAGCUUUUGCUGGCCUCCACUCAUCUUGUACUAGAAGAAACUGUAUCAUGGCCUGGAGAAAUGGGUGAUUGUCAUCGUGCAUUCAGUAAGUUUUAAUUUCUAGCUGUUGGAUCUGAAAAAGGGUCAUCAACAUGUAGGAAGGAAAACAAUGGCAGCUGGAGGAUCAGUUGAAAGAGGAAAGUUUAAUUGCAUUUAGUAUUACUGAAUACAACAGGAGGUGAGUGUUCUAGUGAAAGCAGGUUUGCUACUGUCUGUAAUUUUUGGGUUUUGCAAAGUUGUGCCUGUAUGUAAAAUUAGUGUAUGUAGGCAUUUUAUCAAUAGAAAAUAUAUUACA